AUGGCCGGCGAAUUCCCCAAACACCCGUUCCUCCUCACCCCGGAGGAGACGGCGCAGGCUCUGGGGACCGAUAUCGACAAGGGCCUCACCUCGGCCCAGGUCAAAGAACUCCAAUCCAAGUAUCCUACCAAUGAACUCGAUGUAGGCGGCAGUAUCGCCUGGUACACCAUCUUUAUCCGCCAGCUUGCCAAUGCCAUGAUUCUGGUCCUCUUCUUUGCCAUGGCCCUGAGUUUUGGCGUAGGAGAUUAUAUCGAAGGCGGUGUCCUUGCUGCCGUCAUUGUGUUGAAUGUGUCCAUUGGUUUUUAUCAAGAAUAUGGCGCCGAGAAGAAGAUGGAUGCGCUCCGUGCGCUUUCUUCCCCCUCUGCCAACGUGCUCCGCGACGGUAAGAUGCAGGUCAUACCAAAUGCCGAGGUCGUUCCUGGUGACAUCAUUGCCCUCAAAAUGGGCGAUACCGUUCCAGCCGACAUGCGCAUGUUUGAAGCCAUGAACCUCCAGUGCGACGAAUCAUCCUUGACAGGUGAGGCCAUGCCCAUCGAAAAGAUCACCACCACCGAGAUCUAUGUCGAGGGCGGUGAGAAGCUGGCACAGGACGAAGGUGAAGUCGGUAUCGGUGACCGCAUCAACAUUGCCUAUGCUACCACUGUUGUCCAGAAGGGCCGUGGCCGUGGUAUCGUCAUUUGCACUGGCAUGCAGACCGAAGUUGGAAAGAUUGCCGCCUCGACCAGCAAGAAGAGACGCAAGCCCGGCAGGUCCAUGAACUGGAAAAAGUACGGAAAGGCUGCCCCGGUCAAGGGUGCCUUCAGACGCACCUAUGACUUCCUCGGCAAGUUCCUCGGCUUGACCGAGGGUACUCCUCUCCAGAUCAAGCUGGCGAAGCUGGCGUACCUGUUGUUCUUCUGUGCCAUCGUCCUGGCCAUGAUCGUCUUCAGUGUCAACAAGUGGCCCAACCCGCUUCCCAGCGAGCUCGUCAUUUAUGCCAUUUCCACCGGCAUCGCCAUCAUUCCCGAGUCUCUCGUCGCUGUCUUGACUAUUUCUAUGGUUGUGGCCACCACUGUCAUGAGAAAGGCCAACGUCGUUGUGCGUGACUUGUCAGCUCUUGAAGCCCUCGGAGGUGUGACCAACAUUUGCUCCGACAAGACGGGCACUCUUACCCAAGGCGCCAUGAUCGCGAAGAAGGUGUGGACACCUGCCUCCAACAGCAUCUACACUGUCAGAGACUCGAAGAGUCCCGCCGACCCCACUCAGGGACGUGUCACAGUCUCCAGCGCCGACGUUCCCGCCCAAGAGGAAGAGGAGAAGCGCGAUUAUGACGAAGAGAGAACGACCGCAGCCAUCAAGUUUGAUGGUGUCCCCGACGAGAAGCUCAACCCCAAGCCACAAUCAUCCCCCGAGGCCGAGGCUGAACUCACCCCCGACCUCCGCAUGUUCCUCCUCUCGGCAGCGCUUUGCAACCUUGCCACAGUGCGGUUCGACGACAAGGAGGAAAAAUGGAAGACGACCGGCGAGCCCACCGAAAUUGCCCUGCAGGUCUUCGCUCACCGGUUCGACCUCGGCAAGAAGAACGUGGAGGCGACCGGAUGGAAGCAGACGGCUGAGUUUCCCUUUGACAGCUCCAUCAAGCGCAUGUCCGUCAUUUACGAUGCGCCCGAGAACAACGAAAGCGGAUUGAGCACCGAAAACAGCCAUAUCUUCACCAAGGGCGCCGUGGAGCGUAUCAUCGACCUAUGCUCCCACGUCGGGACGACCGAUGUACCCAUGACCGAAGAGUACAAGGAAAAGAUCCUCAAGCAGAUGACCGACUUUGCAUCCCAGGGCCAGCGCGUUCUCGCCAUUGCCUAUCGUGCCUGGAAUGGCCGCUACGUCGCUGGCAAGAACGACGGCGUUGACCCCUCUCUCCCCAAGAACGAUGAAGCCCAACGGUCCGCGGUGGAAAAGGACCUCAUUCUCCUCGGCUUGGCUGGUAUCUACGAUCCUCCCCGCCGCGAGACCACUCCCGCCAUCUUCGACUGUGCCCAGGCCGGCAUCAAGGUGCACAUGUUGACUGGCGAUCACCCCGAAACGGCCAGGGCUAUUGCUAGGGAAGUCGGUAUCAUCCCCCGCGACCUCAGUGUCCUCCCCGCCGGUGUUGCCCAGUCCGCUGUGAUGAAGGCUACCGACUUUGACAAGCUCACCGACGAGGAGAUCGACGCCUUGCCAGAACUUCCUCUUGUUAUUGCUCGUUGUGCGCCCGAGACCAAAUCUCGCAUGGUGGAGGCCCUUCGCCGCCGUGAUGCCUUCAUGGCCAUGACUGGUGACGGUGUCAACGAUGCCCCAUCCUUGAGCCGCGCUGAUGUCGGUAUCGCCAUGGGAUCCGGUUCCGACGUGGCCAAGUCUGCCUCCAAGAUUGUCUUGACGGAUGAUAAGUUCAACUCGAUCGUUGCCGCCAUCCGCGAAGGUCGCCGCAUGUUUGCCAACAUUCAGAAGUUCGUCCUCCAUCUUCUCAGCAGCAACGUUGGUGAAGUCAUUCUCCUGAUUUGCGGUCUCGCCUUCUUUGACGAGUCCGGCAUUUCCGUCUUCCCCAUCGCUCCCCUCGAAAUUCUCUGGAUCAACAUGGUCACUUCGUCCUUCCCCGCUUUCGGUCUCGGUCGUGAGGCUGCCAGUGCCGAAGUCAUGCGCAAGCCCCCUCACGACAAGAGGCGUGGUGUGUUCACCAACCAGAUUAUUGUUGACAUGAUCGUCUACGGUAUUCUUAUGGGCGCCACCACACUCUCGACCUUCAUCAUUGUCGUGUUUGGAAAGUACGAUGGCCAGCUGGGCAGGGACUGCAACAAGCACUACUCGGAGGGGUGCAUUCCCGUGUUCCGCGCCCGCGCUGCUGUUUUCGCCGAACUGACCUGGAUGAUUCUCCUCACCGCCUGGGAGAUCAAGGACCUUCGCCGGUCCAUGUUCCGGCUGAACCCCGAUUCCGAGUCCAAGUUUCCCUUCUUCAAGGACGUGUACAACAACAAGUUCCUCUUCUGGGCCGUCGUCAUUGGCGCUGUCUCUGUGUUCCCCACGGUGUACAUCCCCGGCCUCAACAGGAACGUCUUCAAGCACACCGAUAUCAGCUGGGAGUGGGGUGUCGUUUUCGGCAUGACCAUCUUCUAUGUCUUUGGUAUCGAGGUCUGGAAAUGGGUCAAGCGGACGCUUAACAUUCUGGAUGACCACAAGGUCAGACAGGGCAAGUGGUCGCAGGGCGAGGAGGGUCAGAAGAUGCGGUUCGCAAAGUCGAUGUCCUUCUCCAGCUUGAAGAGUUGGGCCUCCAGAUCCAAGGCUCAGUCCAACGGCGGCUUGACUCCAAGCACCACGCAGCCGCGUUCGACUUCACAAGCACCCCAGAACCGGGUGCCACAGAUCUCGCCGGUUUGA